AGUGCGUUGUGCGCCGGGCAUUCUGGGGCCGGAAGUGGGGCGCACGCCCUGAGCCGGGAGUCAUGGAGGCUGUGAGGAGCCGCAGGAGGCGACUGGCGGACCUAACGGUGGACGAGUUUCUGGCUUCGGGCUUUGACUCUGAGUCCGAAUCAGAGUCCGAUGGCGCCGGAGAAGUAGAGGCGCGGCAGGCACGCGAAGUUGCUGUCGCGAGCCCGGGAAGCCCACGCGGGAGUCCCACGGCCAGCUGGCUUAAAGGUCGUGCCUCAGAGCACAAGAACCAGCUUUCUCGGCUGAAGGACAGAGAUCCGGAGUUCUACAAGUUCCUGCAGGAGAAUGACCAGAGCCUGCUGGACUUCAGUACCUCAGACAGCUCUGAGGAUGAAGAGCAGUUCCACUCCCUGCCAGAUGCACUGGAGGAAGCAAGUGAAGAGGAGGAUGGAAUGGAGGAUGAGGACAGAGUCCCCAGAGGACUGAAGGGGAAGAAGAGUGAUUCUGUUUCUGUGACUCUUGCCAUGGUUGAGAGAUGGAAGCAGGCAGUCAAGCAGCAGCCCAGUCCAAAGCUGCUUCAUGAGGUUGUGCAGGCAUUCCGAGCAGCUGUGGCCACUACCCAAGGAGACCAGGAAAGGGCUGAGGCCAGGAAAUUUCGGGUCACGGACAGUGCUGUGUUCAAUGCACUGGUCACUUUCUGCAUCAGAGACUUCUUUGUCAGUCUCCAGAAGCUGCUGUUUGGGAAGGUGCCAAAGGACAGCAACAGGACACUACAGCCAUCCAGCAGCCCCUUCUGGGGGAAGGUCCGUGUGGAUAUCAAGGCGUACCUGAGCUCAGUCAUACAGCUAGUGACCUGUCUGGCAGAGGCGACAGUGCUGGCAGCUGUCUUGCGGCACAUCAGCUGCCUCGUGCCGUGCUACCUGACCUUUCCCAAGCAGUGCCGCAUGCUUCUCAAGAGGAUGGUGGUUCUGUGGAGUACCGGUGAGGAGUCCCUGCGCGUGCUGGCCUUCCUGGUCCUGGUCAGAGUCUGUCGGCACAAGGACAGCUUCCUGAGCCCCCUCCUCAAGCAAAUGUACAUCACAUACGUGAGGAACUGCAAAUUCACCUCGCCGGAUGCCCUGCCUCUCAUCAGUUUCAUGCAGCGGACUCUCACUGAGCUGCUGGCCCUGGACCCUGGCAUGGCCUACCAGCACGCCUUCCUCUACAUCCGCCAGCUUGCCAUCCACCUGCGCAAUGCUAUGACCACCCGCAAGAAGGAAAUGUGCCAGUCGGUGUAUAACUGGCAGUACAUGCACUGCCUCUCUCUGUGGUGCCGAGUCCUGAGCACCGUCCAUCCCAGGGAGGUGCUCCAACCCCUAGUCUACCCCCUUGCCCAGGUGGUCAUCGGCUGUAUCAAACUCGUCCCUACUGCUCGCUACUACCCACUGCGCAUGCACUGCAUCCGCGUCCUGACGCUGCUCUCAGAGAGCACAGGGGCCUUCAUCCCAGUACUGCCCUUCAUUCUUGAGGUUUUCCAGCAGGUUGACUUCAACAAGAGGCCGGGCCGCGUGAGCUCCAAGCCCAUCAAUUUCUCUGUGGUCCUAAAGCUGUCCAACAUCAAUCUGCAGGAAAAAGCCUAUCGGGAUGGCUUGAUGGAACAGCUGUGUGACCUCACUCUGGAGUACCUGCAUGGCCAGGCCCACUGCAUCUCCUUCCCUGAGCUGGCACUCCCUGUGGUGCUGCAGCUGAAGUCUUUCCUCCGGGAGUGUAAGGUGGCCAACUACUGCCGGCCAGUGCAACAGCUGCUGGGGAAGGUUCAGGAGAACAUGGAGUACGUCUGCAGCCGCCGCCAGAGAGUCUCCUUCGGUGUGACUGACCAGCAGGCAGUGGAUUUCUGGGAGAAGCAGACCCGGGAAGAAGGGACACCGCUCACCAGGUACUACAGCCACUGGCGGAAGCUGAGGGACCGGGAGAUCCAGCUGGAGAUCAGUGGCAAAGAGCGGCUGGAAGACCUGAACUUCCCAGAGAUCAAAAGGAGGAAGGUGACCAAUGGGAAGGAUGAAGACAGGAAAGAAUUUAAAGACCUCUUUGACCUGGAUAGUUCUGAGGAGGACAGUGCUGAGGGUGCUGCUGCCUCAGGCUUCUCAGAGAGAGGAACACCAGGGUCCCUGAGUCUUUGGCAGGAGAUGGAGGAAGCGGAGGAGGAAGAUAACAGCAGCAACUUAGAGGAUGAAGGCCCAGACACUGAGGCAGAGCUGCACCCCAGGGAGCUGUGGCAACUGGCCCAGGGGCCAGAGGACAGGCUGGAGGAUCUGGAGCUCUCCGAGGAGGACUAAGGUGCCCUGAAGACCUACAGGGCCUGGCAACCAGCUCUGGCAGUCAGGCUCAGAGGCCAGCACCAAUAGCGUCAUGCAGAAGUGGGGCAGGAAAGGGUGGACAGGCUUUAUUUUUACAGCAAAAAGACCAGAUAUGCUGAGACCUGUGCUUGGGAGGCAGUAUGGAUAAGUCAGCCCAUGCCGGAAGCUGGCCCUGGUGCUGGGAUUCAUGGGGACCAGCAGCUUCAGGCAGGAGAGGUGUGAUGGCCCAGUCCUCCUCUUUGUCUUUGGUCCACCGCUUGCCAGCAUUGAGUUCUGCAGUCACCCCCAGAAAGUAUUUGGAAACGCCAUCCUUUCUCUAAAGUCACAUUUUCU